AUGGGAAAUAAUAAAAAUUGUUUAUCAGGCCUUCCUGAUGUAAUUAUUGAAAAUAUUUUUUCUAAUAUUAUAGCAUAUGAUCUUUAUUCUAAAGUAAGAUUAACAUCAAGAUUUUUUGCUAAAUAUUUAUGUGUACAAUCACCAUAUUGGACAUUAAGAAAUAGAAGAUAUAAAUCAUUUGUACCAUUAAAUACAGGAAAAAAUAUUGAUGAAGAUUUUCAAGCAAAAGCAGCUAUAAAAAUUGAGAGAAUUUAUAAUAAUUUUAAUAAUCCUGAUGGUUAUAAAAAAAUUGUUAAAAGACCACAUACAGCAACAAUAACUGCCAGUAAAAUUUUUAAACCUUCACAUGAUAGGACAUUUGUCAUAACUGGAUCUCGUGAUAGAUCAAUAUGUUUACAAGAUUUUGAACCUUAUAGAUAUUUAAAUGAAGAUGAGGAUAAUGAUAUUGAAACAACAUAUAUUAAAAUAGAAAAUGCUCAUGAUGGUUGGAUAUCUUCUAUAUGUUUUAAAGAUAAUUAUAUUCUUUCUAAUGGUUGGGAUUCUACUCUUAAAAUAUGGAGUCUUACUAAUAGAGGACUAGAAACAGUAACAUCUAUGAAAGGUACCUCAGCUUAUUUAGAUUGUGCCGUAGAUGGAGAAACUAUUUAUUGUUGUGGUUAUGAAAAAGCUAUUGCUAUGUUUGAUUUUAGAGAAAGACUUAAAUUAACAAAUAGAUUAUUUUUACAUUCACAUUCAAUUUUAAAAGUUUUAACUGAAAAAGGAUCAAAUUAUUUAUAUUCAGUUGGUGGUGAUGAAAGUGUGGCAUUAUUUGAUAAAAGAAAUAUGAAAAUAGCAUGUACAAAAAAACUUUAUGAUCAAACUUAUUGUGUUGCUUUAUACAAUGAAUCAUUAUACAUUUCUAAUUCAGAUGGAUCUUUAGAUUAUAUGAAAACAAAUACACUAGAUAAAAUGGGAACUAUUUAUAUUGAUGAUGAUGCUCAAGAUAUAGAAAUAAAGAAUAUGACUAUUGAUGAUGGAUAUAUUGUUUAUUCAAGAAAUCAUAUUAAUGAUCUUCGAGUUUAUACAUUUUGUAAUGAUCCAAGGCAAAUAGCACAAUUUCCAUCUUCUACUUCAAUAUGUAGUUUUGACAUCAAACGUGGUGAUGUUGUAUUUUCAGAGGGCAGUGCACAAUUACAUGGAUAUUUAUGUAAAUAA